UGGUAAUUAUGCAGUUUUAAUCUUUAAUAAUAACUGCAGCAACUUUCAAUAAUGGAAAACUAUGCAUCAAAACUUGUAUCCUCAGCUAAAGAAUCUGUGAGGGCAGCUUGUAAAAAAUGUGGAUAUGCUGGACAUUUAACGUAUCAGUGUAGAAAUUUUCUGAAGAUAGAUCCAAAUAAGGAAAUCGUUCUAGAUGUUAGUAGUACUAGUAGUGAAUCAGAAGAAGAUUAUACAACCCCUCUAACUGAAUUACGUAAAGAAGAAUUACUUCAGAAAUUGAAGGAAAUGAAGAAGCACAAGAAAAAGGCGAAGAAGAAACGUAAAAAAAGGUGUAGGUCGAGUGAUGAAAGCAGUGAGAGUGAAGAAGAUAAAAAACUAUCUAGAAAAAGGAAGCACAAAAAAAAGACAAAAUCUCGAAGAAAGUCUUCCAGCUCUGAUUCAGAAGAUAGUUCAGAUCACUUCCAAAAAAAAGUCAAAUCAAAGAAAUCGUCAGGUUAAUCAAUUGAAAUAUUAAUUUCAACUUUUAAUUGAGAAGUAUUGUAUUGUAUAGAAUUUCCUGUUGAAUGACCAUCUCAAAUUUUACCUUUUAUUUCAAUGGAUUUCUUUUUCAACAGAUUUAUUCAAUAAACGGUUUACUUUAUAUAAUCGUAUGGUUCUCUCAAGAAUAAUGUAAUAAUAUUCUUCAUCAUUAAAAUAUUAUUAUGGUGAUAUCAAUAACAUACUCUUUUUGAAUUUUGUAAGCAUCAGCUUUUGCUCUAUAUUGUAAAAUCAUUGUCAUAAAUGAUUGUCGAAUUGCAGUUGUCUUCUAAUAAUUAGGAGCUGCUCCUCAAUAAAGAGUUUUGAACUUAA